AUGGUUGAGCCGACAAAGUCUCUCUCUCUGUUUCUCUCUCUCUCUCUCUGUUUCUCUCUCUCUCUCUCUGUUUCUCUCUCUCUCUCUGUUUCUCUCUCUCUGUUUCUCUCUCUCUUUCUCUCUCUCUCUGUUUCUCUCUCUCUCUCUUUCUCUCUCUCUCUCUUUCUUUCUUUCUCUUUUUCUCUCUUUCUUUCUUUUUCUCUCUUUCUUUCUCUUUUUUCUCUCUUUCUUUCUCUCUUUUUUCUCUUUCUUUCUCUUUUCUCUCUUUCUUUCUUUUUUCUUUCUUUCUCUUUUUCUUUUUCUUUUCUCUUUUUCUCUUUUCUUUCUCUCUUUCUCUCUUUCUUUUCUCUUUUCUCUCUUUUCUCUCUUUUCUCUCUUUUUUUUUUCUCUUUCUCUCUUUUUUCUCUCUUUCUUUCUCUCUUUUUUCUCUCUUUCUCUUUUCUCUUUCUUUCUUUCUUUUUCUCUUUUCUCUCUUUUUCUCUUUCUUUCUCUCUUUUCUCUCUUUUUUUCUUUUUCUCUUUUCUUUCUCUUUUUUCUCUUUUCUCUCUUUUUUCUCUCUCUCUUUUUCUCUCUUUCUUUCUCUUUUUUCUCUUUAUUUUUCUCUUUUCUCUCUUUCUUUCUCUCUUUUUUCUUUCUCUCUUUUUCUUUUUCUUUCUUUUCUCUUUUUCUCUUUCUUUCUUUCUCUCUUUUCUCUUUUUUUUUCUUUAUUUUCUCUCUUUUCUCUUUCUUUCUCUCUUUUCUUUUCUUUCUCUUUUCUCUUUCUUUUUCUCUUUUUCUCUUUCUUUCUCUUUUUUCUCUUUCUUUCUUUUUCUUCUUUCUUUUUUUUUUUCUCUCUCUCUUUUUCUCUUUUUUUCUCUCUUUUUCUCUCUUUCUUUCUCUUUUUUUCUUUUCUUUCUCUUUUUUUCUCUCUUUCUUUCUCUUUCUUUCUUUCUCUUUUUCUCUUUCUUUCUUUUCUUUUUUUUUUUUCUUUCUCUCUUUUCUUUUCUUUCUUUCUUUUUCUCUCUUUUCUUUUUUCUCUCUUUUCUCUUGUUCUUUUCUUUCUCUCUUUUCUCUUUCUUUCUCUCUUUCUUUUUCUUUCUCUUUUUCUUUUUCUUUCUCUCUUUUUUUUUCUUUCUCUCUCUUUCUUUUCUCUCUUUUCUCUCUUUCUUUUCUCUUUUUCUCUCUUUUUUCUCUCUUUUCUCUCUUUCUCUUUUCUCUUUUAUUCUUUCUCUCUUUUCUCUUUCUUUCUCUUUUUCUCUUUCUUUCUCUCUUUUCUCUUUUUUUCUCUCUUUUCUCUUUCUUUCUCUCUUUUUCUUUCUCUCUUUUCUCUUUCUUUCUCUCUUUUUUUUUCUUUCUUUCUCCAAACUUUUUCUCUUUCUUUUUUUCUCUUUCUUUCUUUUUCUCUUUCUUUUCUUUUCUUUUUUUCUCUCUUUUUUUCUCUUUCUCUUUUUUCUUUUCUCUCUUUUUCUCUCUUUUUUCUCUUUCUUUCUUUUUCCUUUCUUUCUUUUUCUCUUUCUUUUCUUUUCUUUUUCUUUCUUUUUCUCUUUCUUUCUUUUCUCUUUCUUUCUUUUAUUUCUUUCUUUUUAUAUUUCUCUCUUUCUUUCUUUCUCUCUUUCUUUCUUUCUCUCUUUUCUCUUUCUCUCUUUCUCUUUCUCUCUUUCAUUCUCUCUUUCUUUUCUCCCAUUCGUCUGCGUUGCUAUCCUUCCGUCUGCGUUGCUAUCCUUCCGCCUGAAUGUCCCGUCCGUCGUUGCUUCAUAUGUCUGCGUUGCCAUCCUUGCGUCUGCGUUGCCAUCCUUCCGUCUGAAUGUCCCGUCCGUCUGCCUUACCAUCCUUCCGGAUAGCUGUCUCGUCCCUCUCCUUUGCUAUAUUUCCUUCUGA